AAGAAGAAGAGUGUCCGUCGAGGCUUCCGUCAUCAGAAGUAUGUGCGUCUUCUUGAAAACAGGUUGGAAAAACGACAUAUUAUAGUACUUUUAUUCACUCGUAUAUAGAGUACUAUACAGUCUAUGCGAUAGAAAAGCUUGGGACAGCUGGGCUCGUGUACUUUCUGGAACACGUCACUUCAAACAUUUCGUCUGAGGAAAAAGAUUCAACCUUUAAAAGCGUUUAGUAAAAAACCAAGAAACACACUUGUUUUUUUUAGUAUGAAUACUACUUUAAAGCACUGGAAGGAGGCAGCCACGCUGAUUUUUGCCGCCGGACACAGGCUCGGUGCGAACACUUUAGCCUCAAGGACACCGCGGACAGCCGCUGCAGUUUCCCCGCAGGGUAGCAGCUGCUUGCCGCAUAAGUCCCGCUUUGAUUACGACGUUUUGCUGCUGAAACGAAGCGGUAAAAGUGGAUUCAUGCCAAAUGCGUAUGUGUUUCCCGGUGGCAAGGUGCACUCCUCGGACUUUUCGAGUGAAUGGCUGGAUAUUUUUAAGUCUUUCAGUAACUUUUCAAAUUUUGGUUUGGGAAAAGUCACCCAGCCGCUGGAGACUAGACCUCCGAUGUUUGCCACUGACAGACAGAAACUGGGCUCUCCUAUCCCGGGUGAGGUCGCCUUCAGGAUCUGCGCAUUGAGGGAGACGUUUGAGGAGUCCGGUGUGCUCCUGGUUGUGCCAAAACUGGAGGAGAACGGUUUGUUGAAAAGCAUAGAGGACAAGGGUGACACUGCUCAAGGACAGCAUUACAAAGUAAACGAUCUGUGCGGCACUGAACUAACAAAGUGGAGGGCUUUGGUAAACCAGAAUCCCUCCAACUUCAUCCGGAUGUGCAGAGAGUUGGAGGUUUUGCCCAACAUCUGGGCUUUACACGAGUGGUGCAACUGGCUGACUCCCACGGGCCGUUACGGAGUGACGAGGUUUGACACUAUCUUCUUCAUCUGCUGCCUACAGGAGAUCCCCCACACACUGCAAGAUGAGAGAGAAAUAGAGCACUUUCAGUGGUCCACACCCUCGGAGGUCCUGCAAAGCUACUAUGCUGGGGAGUUGUGGAUCGCCCCUCCACAGUUAUAUGAGCUCAGCCGCAUGUGUCGCCUACCUUUGCUGGAAGACCUCCACAACUUCUCCAGCAAGCGUGCCAAAGAAGGCUGCGAACAGUGGCUGCCUGUUAUAUCCUUAAAAGAUAAACAAUUGUUAUCACUGCUGCCAGGAGACAAGAACUACCCUCUGGACACUUCAGGAGAGGCGGAGGUGGGUACGAGCACAACCCCUCAGGUGGAAGAUGCUCAGGAUGACUCUGCGUUGCACCGCCUUGUGAGCGCAGAUCAGAACACUAUAAAUAUACAGAUCACCAUCACACCCAAGUACAAUCACCUUCUUCCUGUUGUAGAGAAAACUUUCGCACAUGACUUAAAAAGUCAGUGUUGAACGAGCCGCACAACUGCUGUGAAAAUGCAAUGAAGCAAGACAAAUUUAUUGCAGGUGAUGAAAUCAGAUGGCCUUUUUGCAAACCGACAUUUUGACUUGAUUAACAAUGUUUUAUUCUUUGACUUCCCAGUGGCAUUUUGGUUCCAUUUCACACCUGUUUGAUCAAUACAUAUUAAUGGUAGAGGAAACCUAAAUCUCUGGAUGAAACAAGCUUACUAAGAAUCAGUAAGCCUAUUAGCUCGGUUUGGUCACUAACAUCACUAUACCGAUCUGCUGACAAUUGACAAUUUCUGACACACAGUCAAUAAGCUGGAUCUCCAUGCCCUCAAAGGUCAGCCCUGUCUAGACCGCCUGCUGUUGGUCAUUGGAGAAAUUUAGCUUGACAAUAUUUGUGAAAGUUGAACUUUUCACAGAGACUAUUUCCAUCGAUUCUCUCCACUCCACGUGAGGGUCCUCUCACUGCAGCGAUGCUACUGAGGUCAGUUUUGCAGGGUUGCUUACAGGGAGGCAAAACUAAUACAGUGAUUUUUUGUUAUUUUUGUCUUCCAAGUUUUUGAAAUCUAUCAAAGUUUAACUGAAGCAGUGUUCCCCAUUUGUUUUGUGGGUUGUUGUGCAUAUGGUGUUUUUGUUUGAUGAAACGUAUUACAUUGUGGAUAAAUUGCACAUAUACAAAUUUGGACUCUGUACUCUCUUGACAGUUUUUUUUUGCCUGAGCUCAUGUCCUCUUUACAUUAAUUCUGCAGCAGUAAAAUUACAUGCAUUCUAGGGGGAGAAUUUAAAGCUGAAUUUCUUGUUUUUACUACUGAGACCUUGCCAAAUGACUUCAGUAGGAAAUUAAUAUUGUGUCCUUAUUAGUGUCGAUUAGUUUCUAAUUAGUAUUAGAGUUGCUUUUUCUUGUUUGUACAAAAUGUUGUACCAGUCUUUGCCAUCUUACUUGUUUUUUGUUGUUGUUUUUAACACAUUUGUGAUUGACAAAGUGUUUGCAAAUGGACUUAUUGUACAAAAGCUUUGCUCAGACACUGGUUUAAAUGUGCAGCACACAUGCCACCUGCAGGCCACUUUAAGUGUUGGCAAAUUUUGUUUGAAUGUGAAAUGCGGUAUUUCAUUCAAUCAUUGACACUCAAAGAGUUUAAGCACCUUGAAACACACACACUCUUUCUCACUCGUUGCGAAAAUGUGAUCUAUGAAUUUUCAAAUUAAGAUCUCUCAGUAGGUUGACCAGUGAAAGAACAGUGUGCGUGAAGAUGGCCAUCAUGAGAGGAAACACUUGGGAGACACAGCCCUACAUGUUUGAUCCGGAUGAGGAGUCUGUUGUGCACCAUUAUCUGAACCAAGCAGAUGAAUUUAUAAGGUAAAUGUAGUUUGGAUCUUCAUUUUUUUUGGUAGCCUGUGAGUCACUGUGGCUGACAGGGUUAGGGGUUGUGCUCAAAUACAGCAGAAGAAAGAACUUUUUUUACUAUUCUGCCUUGUUAGGCUUUUUAGCCUGUAUUUGCACAUUGAACAGUGAUUGGCUCUCCAUAGUUUUACGUUCCCAAUCGAGCUUGCCUGUGCUAGGUUUAAAUCUCAGACUUUUGGUUUGUGAAAAGAAAUGUCAGUAGAGGAACCACUAGUAACAAACUUUGCAAAGCUACUAGUCGGUGUAGUCCAGGGCAGAGAUACUAAGAGUUGCGACACUCUUUGUAUACCAAACAAACGCUGCGCUGUCAUGUUAUCUAUGGGAAGGACAGCAGCGAUUGCGUUAUAAUGGUAAAUAUGAAAGAAAACACACCUAAGCAGUUUUUCAGCUGUUAUUGCAUUAUUGCAUAUUUGUUAAUGUCAGUUUUGCAUUUGGAGCUGCAGGGUGACGACGGAGCUGUGUAUUAGAUUAGUUUUACAUUUUUUGGGGGAAAAGCUUAGUGUUCAUGUUAGAAUGGGUCGUACUACUGGCUUUAGAAGUUACUUAACUUUUCCUUUCCAUAUCAUUCAUCUGAUGAUAGACAUCUCAUGUUUCUUAUCUUAAUGUUACUGGGCUGUUUUAUUGAUUCGUGAUUUUGCUUAUGAAUUCCGAUUCAACCAUUAGCCUACCGUCGUGGUAGCGCUAAGAGGUUUGCCGUGGUCCGUUCAGCAUUCGAUUAUAUCAUACACAAAGCCAACUCACGAUGGCUGACACGGUCAGGUUCAGCAGAUAAAGCAAAGCCAAAACCCAAAAUAAAUUAACCCCCACCCCCCCCAGAUAAUCUAUCCAAAUCCUGCUUGUUAGUUACCCAACAUAAUUAAUAUAAAAGUCACUAACGAUUCAUUACCGAACUCUUGCUUUCACAGCUGGCGAAGUGGCCGCUAGCUAACUAGCAGGCAAUGCUUGCAAAUUGGUUGUAACAACCAAGAUAAAUAUAGAUAAUUACGGAUUGCAUAUACAAAUGAAGACCAGUAUACGCAUCUUAAAGGGCCUGUGAUACAAUAUAAACAGUUGCUAAUUCAAAAGAGGUCAAUAUUUCAGCAACUUACCUCUGGAACUAAUCGACGCGCCGCAAUGUAAGCAAAUGGGGUCCAACGCCCAAAUGCCAACGUUUGGAACCAUCUCGAUGUUCAUACCCCGGAAAUACGCGCCGCCAUUUUUUUUUUACAAUGGAGGGAGGACGUCGCAGCUCUUAGUAUCUUUAUAGCUCUGGUCCAGGGCAAACAUUUUAGGUGACACCAACAUGAAACAGAUGUUUAGUGGAGGGCUCCUUUAAGAUUCAUGUUCUGCAUGGAAAUAAAUACUUUAGUUUUCUUUAAAAAUAUAUUUUGCCAGAUAUUGCUCCAUAUUUUAAAGAAAAGUUAAAGUACCGUUUUAUUUUUACAAGAUGCGUGUUUGUUUGUUUGUUUGUUUAGUUAGUUAUGGUGAUUCCUCUCAGCAGGAGUGCAUAUCUCACUGUUGGAGGCCCUGCAGGGCUUCCUCCCUUUCCCCUUUGGGUGUCUUCCUUGCUCACAGCGGUGUCCUUCAUGGCAAAUGGUUAACUCAUAAGAAGUAAUCCAUCAAAUGGAUUUGUACCCUUUGUCUGCCAUUUAUAAAUUAAUUUAUUAUUAAACAAAUCAAUGUAUUAAUUUGAUAUUUUUUACCGACCCUCUCUCACAUUGCUUUUAGAUGGUUUUUGCUUCUGAUGGUUAGUGAUGCACAGCUGAACGCAUAGUGAGCGAGCUGAAUAAUACUGUACACAUACUGCCUGCUCUAAAAAGGGCACUUAAUAUUUAAAUCAAGUGUGGUGCCGUCAUCACAUCUUCCCAACCAUCGAUCAGUCAACAAUGCUCAUAACCAGGAUUCUGUUUUCUGUUUUUCUGACCUUUUUUUGGUAUCUAAUGCACAGGAAAUGUCAUUUUGUAGUGUUAAAAUUAAAACUGUUGGUUGCUCAAAUGUGAUACUUUAAGAAUAAAUAAUUUCACAAA